AUGGGAAGUAACACUCAGUUGUGAACUCUUUAGUCCUUGACAAUUGACGAUUCACCCAACACCAUACCGAGGAAGAAGGGCUACCAUCAGUAACAAAAUCAGUGGUCCUUGGAUAAUAAUUGGUGAUUUUAACUCUAUUUUGUCAAUUCAUGAGGUUAUCAAAUAUUUUAGGUUGUUGCAUUUUUAAACUACCCAAUCAGACUACAUGGAUAUCAUCAGGAAUAUCUACAAUAUGGCUUAACUGAUAGCAUGAUUUUUCUCUCUGAAGAUGAAUUAAGCCCAAAAAAACACUCUGAUUGGUUUUUUAGCUUUCCAAUCGAAGAAGUACUAAUAUUUUAUCAUAGUAGUUCUUCGAUUUUUCGCUAACUGCACAUGUGCAUACUAACCUAGAAAGUUCCCUGUUUUGCACUCUUGGGAGGUGGAGACGUAUACGGAUCAACAAUAAUUUUAGUAAUGGUUUUGCAGAUAGUGUUACAAAGAGUGGCUGAAUAUUACUAGUGGCUACUAUUUGACAGAAGGUGUUAAAAGUGGCUAUUCACUUAAUAUAUGAUGGAGCCUUUUGGUCAUCCAUGUAAGUAAAACCCUUAAAAGUGGACAUACGACGGCACCAACAAAACAAAAAAAUGGCGAAAAGAGUUUGUAGAGAGGACAGAAUAUCAGAAUUACCUGUGCAUAUUAUUCAUCAAAUGUUAUGCCGCACUAACCUCGAAGUGAAAGAGGCGGCCAGAAGUUGUAUCUUGUCCAAGAGAUGGUACUAUUGUUGGUCUUCUAGACCUAAUCUCAUAUUCCAUCAAUUUCAAGGCAAAAUAUAUAUGCCCCUCGAAAACUAUGUCAAGUUGGUUGAUCAAUCCCUGCAAUCCCAUGUCGAACAAAACUUACAUCUUGAACAAUUUAUCCUUGUGUAUCAAGAUCGAGAAUUGGAUUCUCACUUGGAUCAUUGGAUUGAAUUGGCAGUUAAACUUAACGUCAGAGUGCUGGAGAUUUAUGCUUCCUUUUUAAGAUCAUAUAGCUUACCUGAUGUUAUUUAUGAUGCUAAAAAGCUGAAAACAUUGUCGUUACGCAGGUGCAAGUUUGAAUUUGAUAUUAGCACCACUAACAUAAGAUUUAGUUGUCUUGAGGAUCUUUAUUUGUAUUAUGUUCAUAUUUCUGAUGCCCAAUUGCAAAGAAUUAUCCAUAGAUCCCCGUUCAUCAGGACUCUAACCCUAUUUGCGUGCAGAGGAAUAAACAAAUUGCAAGUUUGUUGCCCAGUACAUCUGGAGAAUUUGAUUGUUGUAUGCUGCGAAUUCGAUAGUGUGAUACUCCAAGCCCCGAAUCUUAAAUACUUUGAAUAUGACGAGCAUACUGAUUGUCCUUGCAAAAUUGCUGUUUUGGAUGGUUACAAUACUUUACAAACACUCAAGCUCACCGGUGCCAGCAUCACAGACCAAUAGUUUCGAGAUGUAUCCUACAAGUUCCCAAACAUUUCAGAAUUGGAUCUAAAAUUCUGCUUUAAGCUGAAAAAUAUAGAGAUUCAGAGUGAAAAACUCAAGAAAUUCACUUUAGUAGGGUUGAAGAGUCUGGAAAAAGUCACGAUUCAAGCUCCAAAUUUAUUGGAAUUUGAUUAUAAUGGUGAUAAAAUGCCCUUCCCGUCUAUGAAUCCUUCUUCCCUGGAAAGAUCCCAACUCAAUUUCUUCUUGACAAGCACAAACUUUGGAUCAGUGGAGAGGAGUUGGUACACAAAUAUUCAUCACUUUGUUCAAAAGAUCAACUAUUCUAAAGGUUUGAUAUUAGUGAUAUUUUGCCGCAAGGUACUUUCCAUUCUUUUUGUGUCUUUGAUUUAUUCAUCACUUGUUAAAUUUGGUUUAAGCUAUAUGCCAUUAACAAAAUUCUUGCAGACCAACAACAUCCUUAUUUAUGAAAAUCCAAGAGAAAUUGUAAUUCCUCCAAGUAAUGAUAUCGAGAUAGUCAUUGCACCUAUACGGAUCGUUGAAUCCAUCAUUAUAAAGUUAAUGCUCUACUGUCCCAGGAUCAUGUCCAUUCUUCCAUGUAUAAAUAGCAAAGUUCUCCAGGUGUUGUCUGCACUAAAAAGGUGUACACAAAGGCAAAAAUGCGGUUGUAAUGGUGUGACAAUUGAGAAGGGAAGGGCCUCCAUUUGGUAUUCCUGGUUGAAAUCCACCAUUCUAAUUGACCAAGUGACUAGUUUCAUGUUAACAUGGGAAGUAAUUAGAAGAUAGAGUUAAUUAGUGUGUAAUUAGAAUCUACAUUUUCUAUUGUGCAUUUUUUUUGGCUCUGUCUAACACUACAACUUUGAUUACACAUUUAUACUUGCAAUCAAAUCCAUGAAAUCUUAAUUUUAUGGAAUUGUUGGAUUGUGUGGAAGGAAGGCAAUGGAUGAUAUAGUAUGAUAAAUUUUACUUUU